AUGAGCCAAACUGGUCCUAUUACUCAAUCUGAUAUUGUUAACAACCUUAUUCAGGGUGAAACAACUGAAGCUCCACCUCCAUUGGUACAAAGUAAUGAAACAAACAAUGAUGAAGAAAAUCCUAAUAAGAAAAGAAAGAUUGGAGAAGCUUCAAAAUUGGUCACAUCCAAUGAUCCUAAUGUUGUAGCUGGAGAUUCAGGUAACAAAAAACCUAUUAAACCUAGAUCUUGGACUUGGGAACAUUUUACAAAAAUAGGAUCAAGAGCUAAGUGUAAUUGGUGUGAUGUAACAUAUGCUGCUGAUUCACAAAUAAAUGACACUAGUAAUUUGAAACACCAUUUGUUGCAUCAGUGUAAGAAGUUUCCAAAAGAGUCUCUUGAUCUCACUCAACAGACACUUGUUCUUCAACAAUUGAAAAAAGAAGAUGGGAAUGGAUCUGGUAGUGUUCUCACUGGUGUUCAUUUUGAUGCUGAGGCAUGUAGGAAAGCUUUAGCUAGGAUGAUUAUUGUUGAUGAGUUGCCUUUUAAGUUUGUUGAGGGAAAGGGGUUUCUUCAUUUUAUGAGUGUUGUGCAACAUAAACUCUCAAUUCCUAAAAGGAUUACAAUUGCUAGAGAUUGUUGGGAUUUAUACACGAGUGAGAAACAUAAGUUAAAAAGUGUGCUAAAUAAAUCAAAUCAAUGUGUUUGUCUUACAACUGAUUGUUGGACAUCUGUGCAAAAUUUGAGUUAUCUUUGUCUCACUGCACAUUUCAUUGAUCAUGAUUGGAAAAUCCAUAAAAGGAUUAUGAAUUUUUGUCUAAUUGUGAAUCACAAAGGAGUAACCAUCGGCAAAAAAAUUGAAAAAUGUUUGGAGGAAUGGCUAAUAGGUAAUGUUUUCACCAUUACGGUUGAUAAUGCUAGUUAUAACGAUGUUGUUAUAACUUACUUGAAAAAUAUAACGAACGAUUGGAAUUCUCAUCCAUUGAAAGGAGAACAUAUGCAUGUUUGCUGUUGUGCACAUAUUCUGAAUCUUGUGGUCCAAGAUGGACUAGAAGACUAUCAUUCUUCAAUUAGUAAGAUUAAGAAUGCUGUUAGAUAUGUUCGUGCAUCUCCAGGUCGUAUGGAUAGGUUUAAAACUUGCAUUAAAGAAGUUAGGUUAUGUUUACCGUGGAAAUUGGUAAACAACCGCUGA